UUAAUCGUCGAAUUAACGAUUGUAUAUAGACGUAUGAUGUAUGCUAUGUUGUUGUUUUAGGAAACACAGUUUGACUCAAGAGUAUAUUUCACCGAUGUGUCGUUGAAUUAGCAAAAUAGAGGGUAUCUAGAUCAAGCUAGUUGUAUGGGCACGUCAGCCAAAAAAACAUACAAAUAUGUUUUAUUGUCACACACCGGAUAGGUGCAGGGAAAUGUGUUGUUUUUCACAGGGUCAACCAUAGUAAUAUGGCGCUCUUUUGCAAACCAGGGUUACGUGCCUUGCUCAAGGGCACAGACAGAUUAGAUUUAUUGUCGGUUCAGAAAAUUCGAAUCAGAUUCAGUCUACAACGGCGCCUUCUCCAGUGAGGAGGAAGGAGCAUAUGGAUGACAAGGCAAAAGAGCGAGGGAAGGAGAAAACGGGUGCCACCAAGGAGAAAGCUGAGAAGGACAGGGGCAAGGAGAAGGGACGCAAGCGACGAAGCUCCACUGGGAGCAGCAGGUCCAGCUCCAGUAGCAGCUCUGGCUCCAGCUCCGGUUCUUCCAGCGGCUCCAGUUCCUCCUCUGCCUCAAGCCGCUCCGGGUCUUCCAGCUCCCGAUCUUCUAGCUCAACCAGCUCCGGGUCGCCCAGCCCCAAUCGCCGCCGCCACGACAACCACCACCGCUCACGGUCCAAAUCCAAGUCAUCAGUGAAAAAGGAUGACAAGGAGAGGCGUAAGAGGAGCCCCAGCCCCCGACCAACCAAGGUGUACCUGGGCCGCCUCACCAGAAAUGUUGUCAAGGAACACAUCCAGGAGAUCUUCAGCUCCUAUGGCAAAAUCAAGACGAUUGACAUGCCUGUGGACAGGCUCCGCUCACACCUGUCAAAGGGCUAUGCCUACGUGGAGUUUGAGAAUGCCGAUGAGGCCGAAAAGGCUCUUAAACACAUGGAUGGAGGUCAGAUUGACGGACAGGAGAUCACUGCAACUGCCGUGCUGGCUCCUAGGGUAAUACAUCCGCCCCCUCGCAGGCCCUCCCCCCCUCGCAGGAUGCCCCCACCACCCCCGAUGUGGCGUCGCACCCCUCCACGCCUGAGGAGAAGGUCUCGGUCACCACGGAGACGCUCUCCGGUUCGCCGCAGGACUCGUUCGCGCUCACCCGGUCGCAGACGCCACCGCUCACGCUCCAGCUCCAAUUCCUCCCGGUAGAGCUGCCUGAAACCUCUCACCUCACAGCUACUCUCCUCCCUCCUAUCCUUCUCCCACCUUUCCCGUUCUCCACUGUAAAAGUAUGGCUGUAUCCAAAGUUCUACUUAGCUUCCUUUCCUAGUCCUUCCCUCCAUGUUCACUGAUCUCAGAGGACAUUACAGGGGAAAGCAUGACAGCCUUUCUCUCGUCAUAGUGUAUUGUUAUUGGUCGAUAAGCAUCAUGUUGAAUGCUAGGCUCAAUCUGAGGCAAGAGGAGUGAAGUGAGCCCUGCUCUCAAGCCAGGUUUAUUUUGUCCUCAACAGCUGAGUUGUGGCUUACACAUUGUGAUUACAGAAUUCUCGUUUUUUGUUUGCACAUAGAUUUGUGCGUUUAGUUUUAAUAUGCAACUGUUACAACUCUUUAGUUGAGCCAGCUUGACAUGUGCUGCCUGAAGUUUUAAUAAAGUUGACUUGUUUUCA